AUGGACAGUAUACCUGUUACAUUGAUUGUAAAGUUAUACGAUCUGUUGAUCAAUGAUGGUGAUCUGUUGGAUGCUGUAUGCUUGUCAUUGACAACAAAGAGAUUGAAUACAGUGUUUACCAAAUCAAAUCAAUACAACUUGUGUAGGAAUAUAGUUUGGAAUGCACCAGACAUGCCCAACGAAGCCCUAUCAAUCACCAAACCAUCGACAACAAACUUGGAGUUCAGCGUCAGGUUUGUAAAGAACAUUGACGUUGGCAUGCUCCCAACAUCACUCUUGCGUCUCACAAUGGGCAGUCUGUACAAUGGCGAGAUCGCCAUUGGUUCACUACCGCCCACGCUAACCGAGCUCAAGAUUGGACGUGUCUAUAACCAUCCGCUUAGCAUCGGUUUGUUACCGCCGUCACUCACUCUGCUUGAUAUGGGCGACAUGUUCAAUCAUCCGAUCAAUCAUGGUGUGUUGCCGCCGUCGCUCACCAAGUUGAUGCUGGGGACCUUGUUUGAUCAAUGCUUGUCCAGCACGAUACUGCCCGCUUCAUUGCUAUCGCUAUACAUUGGCAAGUCGUUCAAACAAGCCAUCACGACACAAACAUUCCCAUCGUCAUUGACAGAGUUGGUAUUCUCAUCAACGAUUGGUCCGCAAACUAUUGAGCCUGGGUCAUUGCCACGCUCAAUCACAUUGUUAUCAUUCGUACCAAUGUCUGGCUUUGAAGGUCCGUUGCCAGCACUCACAGAUCUUCGUCUCGGAAACUCAUUCAAUCUACCUUUGGCAUCGAUCACGCUGCCCUUCAAGUCAUUGAUCAAACUAUCAUUAGGCUAUGGGUUCAAUCAAACAUUGGCCGCAUCAGACCUCAAUCAACAAUCGACUACAAGUAACAUGUUGUUAACAACAUUGAUCAUUGGCAAUACAUUCAACAAACAGCUGAUGCCUCGCACUCUGCCCGACUCCUUGACCAUUCUUAAGAUUGGCAAUGCUUUCAAUCAUCCGUUCAUCAAUGGCGUGUUACCAUCGUCCAUCACAAAGAUGGUGAUUGGGGCGGCGUACGACCAUCCAUUCACACCAGGGGCACUCCCCUCAUCACUCCAAACACUCAAGUUCGACACAGUAUCCGAUUAUAAUCAACUAUUUACACCUGGUGUGUUGCCACAACGACUCGCGACACUAUACCUUAGUGGGCUGUAUGACCAGGUGCUCGUCCCCGGUGUACUACCGGCAUCCUUAACAUCUCUACGCUUUGGACACGAGUAUAACAUGCCGCUGGGAUCAAAUGUAUUCCCAAUAUCACUGACAAACCUUGUCUUUGGCGAUACAUUCAAUCAAAAGAUAGAGAUUGGCGUGCUGCCUCAAGCUCUUCGCGAGUUGACCUUUGGCGAUAACUUUGACCAGCCACUUGGUGAACAUGUCCUCCCAGCAUCACUCACUGAUCUUGAGGUUGGAAAGGAGUUUAAUCAACACUCUGGACACGUCGUGUAUCCAAGCGCACUCAAGACACUUAGGAUAACAAACUUGGAGACGCAACUCGGCAUGUUGGAGCCACCCAAUGCGAUAGAGUUGCUCGAGAUUGGACAGGCAUUCGACUCGGACGAAUGUCUUAGAAGGAUGUCAAUCAAGAGCGCGACACUAAAGAGGAUGGUGAUGCGAAUAUUCGAGUACAUAGAGGACAUUGGAACGACCAUCCGAGUGUUGGUGGAGCAGGCGCCACACGUCCAGACCUUCCAAAUCGUGAACUUUUAUCCGCGACGACAUACUCAUGUCAUUCGAAUCCUCGACACACGUCUGGCACUCUGUAUCUGCGAACAUAUACGUGUACCUGGCAUCAAGAUGGCAUUCUUUGACUUGACCAAGUUGACUACAAAGACACCUGUUGUUGAUGUUGUUGAUGUUGUGGAGAAUGAGCAUGUUCCAUCGAAAGAGAAUGAUCAUACAUAA